GCUGGCAGUCAAAUUUGGGGCUAGGCUCCGCAUGGCUUGGCCACGUCGGGGAUUUCGGGACGACAGUGUGGCAUUGGAGGCAGUCGGAGUCAGGCACAGCGCACCGCGCAGCAGCAACAGCAGAAGCUUCCCGCCGCCAUGAAGGUCCACGUCACCACGAAGGCCCUCGCGACCGCCGUCCUGGUGGUGCUCGCGCUGCUGGACGGGGUGAGUCCCGCCCCGCAGGCCGAGGACUCCGAGGAGGCCGACGACGCCGACGACGACACCUCGGGCAUGAACAAGGACAUGAAGGCCAUCCAGACCAUGUUCCGGACUUGCCUGGAGGAGACAGGCGUCAAGAUAAAACUGUUUAUCAGCAUGAUGAACGAGUCGGAACCGAUCUCGGAUAAAGGGGCGGAAAUGGCUCUCUGCUUGUUCCGAGCAUUUGACUUCUUGGACGAGAACAACCAGUACUCCAAGGAGGCCGUCCUCGAGCUCGCGUUUCGCAUCAACAAGGACUCGCCGAGGCGCCGGAAACUCAUCGAACACAUCGCCGGUGUCUGCGAGAGAGACGCCCGCGGCGACUCGGCCGAAGAAGUGGCCAAGAACCUGUUCGAGUGCUUCCGGACACAGAUACACUGCGCUGCGAGCCUAGACUUAGUGGAUGAGGAUGAAGAUGAGCAAUCGUGAUUUCAGAAAGCCGUUUGGCGCGCGUUUGGGCGGAAGGCGGAGCGACGGGACCCGAACGCCACCAAGCCUGCGAAGCGGGACCAGUACU